AUUAUGACUUUUUUGACAGAAAAACUGGGGAGAAGUGGCAGAUAGAUAAAUGGUAAACGCGACGAAACAAGCUAUUGUAGAAUGAUUAUAAUUUAUUUUAAUUUUAUCUAAAUAAUAUUUGUUACAAUAUGCUAUCGGUUCUUUUAUAUUGCUUUUUAUUAAGCAGCUUCGUUAACUUCAGUAAUGGAUUCUAUGUACCGGGGGUGGCUCCGGUGGAAUUCAAAAAAGGCCAAAGGAUUGAAGUUAAGGCUGUCAAAAUGACUAGUAUACACACACAACUUCCAUACGAAUAUUACUCUUUACCUUUGUGUUUACCCAAGAAUGGAACAUUUGUAUAUAAAUCAGAAAACUUAGGCGAAGUAUUACGUGGAGACCGCAUAGUAAACACUCCGUAUGAAGUCCAUAUGGCUGAGAACAUAAAAUGUCGACUUCUGUGCCAUCAGAAAAAUAAUCCAAUAAACUGGAGUGUUGAGGAAUCCGAAAAAGUUGCAGGUCGUAUUGAACACGAAUAUUUUGUACAUUUGCUUGUUGAUAAUUUACCAGUAGCUACAAGAAUUACAAACAGUGACACCUCGGAGAGAAAUAUAGAGCAAGGAUAUCGUCUGGGCUUCAUGUCUAAAGGCAAAGCAUACAUCAACAACCAUUUGAAGCUUUUACUCAAAUAUCAUAAACAUAGCCAAGAUUCUUACCGAGUGGUUGGCUUCGAAGUGGAAACAGUUUCAGUGGACAAGGAUGAACUGACAUUUGCUGAUGAUUCAUGCCAGUUCCCAUCAGACCCCAGACCACAGCUGGUCAAUGAAGACACGGGCACUAAGUUAUAUUUCACAUACUCAGUUGAGUGGGGAGAGUCUGAAAUAAGCUGGGCAUCGAGAUGGGAUAUCUAUUUAGGCAUGAAAGAUGUACAAAUACAUUGGUUUUCCAUUAUAAAUUCUAUUGUGGUGUUGUCCUUUUUAUCAGGUAUUUUGACAAUGAUUAUGGUGCGCACAUUAAGAAGAGACAUAGCUCGUUAUAAUUCAGAUGAGAGUAUUGAUGAUAUGAUGGAAGAAACUGGUUGGAAGUUGGUUCAUGGUGAUGUGUUCCGUCCACCACCAAAGAGAAUGUUAUUUGCUGCUGUCAUCGGCAGUGGCAUACAAGUGUUUCUUAUGACCCUCAUCACAAUAUUCAUUGCUAUGCUUGGCAUGUUGUCACCGGCGAGCCGCGGUGCGCUAAUGACUGCCGCCAUAUUUCUCUAUGUGUUCAUGGGCCUCAUUGCGGGCUAUUACUCGGCACGAUUAUACAAUACUAUGAAGGGAAAACAAUGGCAGCAGGCUGCGUUCCUAACAGCGACUCUGUACCCAGCUAUUGUGUUCGGAACAUGCUUCUUUUUAAACUUUUUUAUUAUGGGUAAACAUUCCAGUGGCGCAGUUCCAUUUUCGACCAUGAUGGCUUUAUUAUGUCUUUGGUUCUGCAUAUCAUUGCCAUUAGUGUAUUUGGGAUAUUACUUUGGAUGUCGAAAACAACCAUUCCAACAUCCAGUUCGAACUAAUUUCAUUCCAAGGAAAGUCCCAGAACAAGUUUGGUACAUGAACAUUUUUAUUUGCAUUUUGAUGGCCGGUAUUUUACCAUUUGGAGCAGUAUCCAUUGAACUGUUCUUUAUUUUCAACGCACUGUGGGAGAACCAGUUUUAUUACUUAUUUGGAUUCUUAUUCCUCGUAUUUUGUAUACUUGCGGUGUCUGUAUCACAAAUAUCAAUUGUUAUGGUGUACUUUCAACUGUGUGGAGAGGAUUACCAUUGGUGGUGGAAGAGUUUCGUCGUGUCCGGAGGAUCUGCUGUUUAUAUUUUAAUAUACUCGAUAUUUUACUUUUUCACAAAAUUGGAAAUCACAGAGUUCAUACCAACAUUGCUUUAUAUUGGCUACACAGGUCUUAUGGUGUUAACAUUUUGGCUUCUCACUGGCACCAUCGGAUUCUUCGCAGCAUACACUUUUAUUAGGAAAAUUUAUGCUGCAGUAAAAAUUGACUAAUUUUAUUUAACACUAACUGUAAUUCUUAUUUUAAGUUUGAGUGAUGAAUGAAGUGAACAAAAAUCCUUUGCUGAUUUGUAUUGAGCAUAUGAUUUGUGUAAAUAGGAAUGUAGUUAAAAUUGCAUUUUAAAAAGUAAUGUUAUCUGAUUAUAAUAAGAUUCAUUUUGUAUUAUUUUGAAUUUAAGAUGCAUAUUUAUAAAAACGUAGAAAUCAAACACUGCCUGCUUUGUUCAUGAGCAUUAGUUAGCUAAUUCCAGUUCUAUCAUUUGAUAUUUGUCCCACAUGUGUCCAUAAUGUCGUAUAGUUUCAAUUACCUUUCAUUAUAUUUGAAACACGCAUAAUGGCUAUUAAAUCUCCUUAAACUGUUGAAGUACCUAAUUUCCCAAAAUAUGAAAGUUUAUGAAAAAAAUGUGUUUUCGUUCUUAAAUAAGAAUAUACAAUACAAUACAAUA